AUGGAGUNAACUUCGUCUAAAGCUCCCCAGUCCCCAACUUCGUCUAAAGCCUCCCAGUCCCCAACUUCAGCCAAAGCCAUCCAGUCCCUAACUUCAGCCAAAGCCAUCCAGUCCCCAACUUCAGCCAAAGCCAUCCAGUCCCCAACUUCAGCCAAAGCCAUCCAGUCCCUAACUUCAGCCAAAGCCAUCCAGUCUACAACUUCAGCCAAAGUCCCCCAUUCCUCAACUUCAGCCAAAGCCAUCCAGUCCCUAACUUCAGCCAAAGCCAUCCAGUCCCCAACUUCAGCCAAAGUAUUCCAGCCCCCAACCAUAGACAAAGCCAUCCAGCCCCCAACUUCAGCCAAAGUCCCCCUAACUCCCGCCCCCCACCACGAGCAAGUCCCCCUCUGCGUAACACGUCCACAGUACCGUCAAGGCCGCAAGUUAACAGCCGUUAAAGUCUACACCGUGGCCGAUGAAUCUAAUUAUCUUCUAAUUAAAGGUGUGCCGAGCGUCUCAUUAACGAGGGAACUCAAAAAUUUGUGCCUCAAACGAGGUCAGUUAAUGGAACUCAGAACUCUAACUGAGUAUCCUAGAGAACCUUUCACGGACGCUUUCCUUGUUAAAUAUCAAAAUUUGAGAGCAGCUCGACUAGCUAAAAAAUUUCUAGAUGGUAGGAAUUUUUUCGGUGGAUUAUUGCACGUUUGUUAUGCACCAGAGCUGGAAAGUGUGGAUGAAACAAGGAUAAAGUUAAUGGAGAGAUGGACAAACGUUGAAAAAGCUUUAAGAGAAAAUGAACAGAAUCCUGGUGGUUCUAUCCUAGCAGAAUAUCAUCCUGAUGAUAAACUUAGUGCUUCCGUGAGAAGAAUCUCGCAGCGUUUGGGGUAUAAAAACCAUGAAGAUGAAUCCAAUUAUUUACAUCCCUCGCAAAUGAAUACUAGUUAUUCAGUUGCUAAUUUAAAUGUUGAAAUUUAUAAUCAAGAAGUUACAAAAGGUUGUGGGAUGAAUGUACAAAAUAAAAUAACUCAUGAUGAGAAGAGUGCAAUUCAAACUGUAGUUACUCAUAACUCCGAAGAAAUAACUCACAAUCAUCACGAUUCUGCAAGAUAUUCAUCAGAAUCCAACACAAGUCAAUAUUCACGUGAAGAAAUACCAUCAUCUUUCAAUGUGUGUAAUUCAUACGCAAGUACGAGCUCUGACUACGAGCCUGACUUGGGAUCGGUAUCACGAAUUCAGUAUCGUUAUUCAACAGAACAAAGGAUACACCGAAGAAAAAGCAAAGGAUGGACUGAAAUAUCAAAUGAAAUUAAGGGACGAAAACGCAAAAUUGAAGUCAAGUCGAGGUUUGUGGAUGUGCAAAGUACUAAGGUUCAGAAAUUUAGUGUGGGAUCGAACUCUGAAGCUGUACAAGAUUGUAGUUAUUCUGGUCCCGGUUGUAGAUUUUCAGAACGCAAAUCUACUAUCAAUACAAAUUCGGUAGUAGAAUUUCGGAAAAGCGAUGUAAAUAAUGUCGCUCCAUCGAACAAUUUCUUCUCUUUGGACAUAAAAUCAAAUACCAGCGGGAGCCAAAAUCCGCAAACUGUUUCACUUCAACCAAAUUCAAUCGCUCAACCGCAACGUCCACGUUAUGAAAACAAUUUAAAAUCAACCACAAACUCAACCGCNACCUGUUCCUAA